GCAGAGGCCCCAAAACCCUUCCUUAUCUUUUCGUACACUUGGGGGACACUGAAAUGACAUCGCCGCAGGGCAAAAAGCGAGCCUCUACGAUGAGCAACGACCAGUCCCUCAUUUCUAGGGUCUCACGAGGCGUGUCUCAGUCCCCGAUCAUCCACCAGACGAAGCGAGCCGCCUCCGACGCCGCUUUCGUGUCCAAGAAGCUGAUCCGCAGCACCGGCAGGGCCGCCUGGAUUGCCGGUACCACCUUCCUCAUCUUGGUUGUCCCGCUCAUCAUCGAGAUGGACCGCGAGCAGCAGGUCAAUGACCUUGAGCUCCAGCAGGCCAGCCUCCUCGGCACCUCCAAGUGACUUCGCUCCGCUCCUCUCGCCUCAGGUCAGCUCGGCUAGGAGAUGGGGGAUUUCUGGGGUUUAAGGUUUCGAAUUGAAUGCGACGUGACAUUUGCUUUGGAAUUUUGAGAAUCAGUGUUUUCAUACUUGAGCGAUUGUGACUGGAUUCUCUUCAAUUGCUUUGCCUUUUUUUUUUUAAUGGAUGCCUCAGUUAUUAGGGUCA